GCACCAGAAAAUCACCGACACAGACUUCCUCCUUUUUGUAUUCAACAUUUUCAGUUGAGAGAUCGUCUUCGGACCAACCUGGCGGCCAUCAUAACCUUCCUCUGUUUCAUCACUUUGCCUCUUGUGAGGGCAAUCUCUCACUCGCCAACUCUAUUUCUCUCUGUCCUUUCAACACCUUAGCUUCUUUGGCAAGUGUCUCCAUAGCCAAAGCUUUUGUCUUUUGCAAUACCCACUUGAAGAAUCUGUAACAUUUCUCUUCAUUCCUUUGUUUCUUUUUUCACUUGAGCUUCAAGUGUUCGACUAUUUUAUUCUGUUGGGGGCUGAACUUAUACCUUCUCAUCGUUCAUUCAUGAUGCUUUGUGGAUUUUCUGUUGAUGAAUUCUCACUUAACAUUUUCCAUAGGUGAGAAAAAUUGAGGUUCUUGUAUACGGGUAAGAUGAAUCAGGGAUCAUCGGUCCAUAUCAGGCUUUUCUGUAAGGUGCUUUUAAAUUUCAUCAACAAAGGAAUGAAGGGUCAUUGUAAAUUUUGGGUUCUUCAAUCAUUCAAUGGGCUUUUCGCAAUUGGCUCAUCUUUGUCCUUCUUCUUAGCAGUAACAUGUGCAUAUUUAUUUAUAUUUCCGAGAUUUCGCCCAGGCAUCCAUAACUAUGAUCUGAUUUCUAAUUCCAGUAGUUCAAUUUCCAAGUGCAAUGUCUUUAAAGGGAGGUGGAUCCCUGAUGAGACUUACCCUUUAUACAAUGCCUCAGAAUGUCCUUUUCUGGAGCGUGGAUUUAAUUGCUUAGCUAAUGGGAGAAGAGAUAGAAGUUACACUAAAUGGAAGUGGAAGCCCAAGAAUUGUGAUAUUCCCAGGUUGAACGUGCCUGAAAUUCUUGAAAUGCUUCGCGGGAAACGGAUUGUUUUUGUUGGGGAUUCGUUGAGUAGAACACAAUGGGAAUCUAUGAUUUGUAUACUUAUGACGGGUGUGGAGGAUAAAAGCCAGGUUUAUGAAGUUAACGGGAAUAGAAUCACUAGGCAGAUCAGGUUUCUGAGUGUGAGAUUUAGUUCCUUCAAUUUUAGCAUUGACUUCUACCGCUCAGUUUUCUUGGUCCAGCCUGGUUCAGUACCAAAGUCUGCACCAAAGAGAGUUAAAUCAACCCUUAAACUGGACAAGUUGGAUUCUAUCAGCACAGAAUGGAUUGAUUCUGAUAUUCUGAUAUUUAAUUCCGGCCAUUGGUGGACACCCACUAAGCUUUUUGAUAUGAACUGCUACUUUCAGAUAGGCAGCUCUUUGAAGCUUGGAAUGCCAAUCACAUCGGCUUUCAGAGUUGCCUUACGCACAUGGGCAUCUUGGGUUGAUGCUUCAAUUAACAUGAAUAGAACAAGUGUAUUCUUCCGAACUUUUGAAACUUCCCAUUGGAGUGGUCCAAACCGAAAUUCUUGCAAAGUGACUAGACGCCCAUCAUUGAGACCAAGAGGGAGGGAGCACAGUGUAAUUUCAGAUACAAUACUCGAUGUGGUAAAGAACAUGAAAGCUGGCGUAAAAGUUUUGCAUGUAACACCUAUGGGAGCAUUCCGAAGUGAUGCUCAUGUUGGCACUUGGAGUGACAAACCAAAGGUGCCUGAUUGUAGCCACUGGUGCCUGCCAGGAGUCCCUGAUAUGUGGAAUGAGAUUCUCUUUUCCCAUCUGCUAUCAAAUUAUCGGCUACAUCUUCCAUCAGCAUAACAUGCUGUCUCUGCAGAUUUGACAUAUAUAGUACUAACAGAUAACUGGGAAUCAGAAGAUUGUAUUUUUCAACCCCAUGAUCACCAGGGAGCCACCAGGUGAAGCAAUUCUAUUCCUUGAAAAUCCAUAAACCAGAGUUUAUAGUUUGUAAUCCUAAUUGAUUGUCACCCUUCGCGACACGGGUAAAAUUUGUAUUAUGUGAAAGAAAGCUCUGAGUAACUUGCUCGGGCUGGCCUUUGUAAAGCAAUUAGAAGUGGAAUAAAAUGGUUUGAAGUUAAUUUGUAGGUGGAACAUUCUUUUUACUUUUGGCUGAAGAAAAAAGCAAAAUGGGAAAGAAAAGGACAGAUGAGAACCGCCUCUUUCCAACAUAAUUUUCUUGAUUAUUUUCACCGAAAAACAAAAAAGAAAUUCUUCAAUUCUUUGAUCAUUGAGAAAAGAAAUCAUUUCUAAGAUUGUAUGGCAUGUGGCAUACAGUAGAAUUUUCGAUCUUUCUUUGGAAAAAUUUCAAUAUUAUCUGCAUAAGAUAUGAAUCAAGAUGAAAGUCUACAAGACAUUUUAACAUUAUAGGUAAAUGAUCCAUCGUUUGCUCCCCCAAAAUGUUUCAAAGAAGGAAAAUCUGAGAAGUGUUUUCCAAUGCAACCAAACCAAACAAUGCCAAUCUCAAAUCUUAGAAUGAGAUUCAAGUUUCCCUCCCCACCUCCUCUAAGUUUUUGAGUACAAAUAGGAAUCAAGACUCUCACCCCUUCAUUCAUCCAACAACAAACCAAUAAUCUCUCUGCCUUCCUACUGAAAAAUCAAUGGCUUCUCCUAAUAACUUCAACUUCCCAUUUUUCCCUCCACCACCACACCAACCUUCCCGGCCGCCGCCACCCCCGCCAUCAAAGCCACCUCCGCCAGCCCCAUCACCGGAUAAUCAUACCACUGUCAUAAUCGUUGUGUUUGUUUCAUUUGGUGGUGUUUUGCUCCUUGCAUUUCUUGCUUUUGCUCUCUGUUGUUACAUCAAGAAGAAGAAGAAACAGAAGAAGACAGUUCAAGAAACACAUUUUUUAUGUAUUGAUGAACACCUUAAAGUUAAGGAAGCCAUUGUUGGUGGUCCUAAAGGACCGCAAGCUGUGGUAAUAUCUACCGAGGAUGAUGUCCAUGUUGAAGAAGAAACUGAGAAAAAUGCCAAGUUCGGUGAAGGUUUGCAUGCAAAGAAGGCUGCAGAUCCUACCAUUAUUGACUCUGCAGGAGCAUCUACUUCAGAUAUUGAACAUCAAAAGCUCGAACAUAAGGCAUGAUUUGUAAUCUACCUUAUAAUUGGAGCAUACAUGAUGCUCUGCUAGUAAAGAUUAAUGAAAUAAACAAGAGAAAAGCUAUGUGAAAAAAACAUAUUGUGAUUCAAUUCAUGCUUUGUAAUUCUUGAAUCGUAAAUUUGUAAUAUAAGAACAAAUUAAGCUCUAAAUAUGGAGGCACUUCCAAAUACAGAGUUACUCCAUACUUAUGCAAUACUGUAGAAGUAAUUAGUAUAACUUGUAAGUUAUUGUUUGUAUCACUCAAAUAAGACAAAAGUUCAAUGGCCAA